CUAUGGCUCGCUGUUGGCCUUUAAAAGACUUGAAGGCUAUUUUAAAUUCCUAAUGUUCUAGGAGACAAUCUUUCAGCAUGGAGUGCAUUCGCUUUAUAACCAUCAUAUUAUGUUUGUGCCAAUAUAGCAGCUGUUGGCCAGAAAUCUCGUCAACAAAUAGAAAAGAUGGAGGAACAAGAUCCUAAAUAUAUUUCAGGAAACCGAAGGCUUACUAAUGAUUUCAGAGGAACCAGAAUUUCAUCCAAGAGUUUUGAAACAGUGAAAUAAUCAAGAACUAGAAUCCAUACGUAUUGAAUAAGAUGCAGUUGCGGCUUGAAGUUGUUGUAUAUCCUUCAGUUUUAACAAUAGGCCCUCAUUUAUUUCUUCUUGAGAGCCAGCGCAGUAAAAUUUUCAGACUCUUUCCCCCCCAGACUCAGGAUUCACCUUUAACCCUAAUAUUUGACAUGGAACUCGCUUUUAAUUGUUUAUUAACAGUGUGAUCCUGUCCUUAAGUUAUAACUGAUGGGCAAGAACAGAAUCUUUACUAAAUUGUCUUAUACUAGCAUGACAGAAAAUUCCCUGGGAGUUAUACGCAUUUGGCUUAAGGCUUCAGGGUAAAUGUUGAGUGAAGCCACUUUGAACUACACUCGCAGCAUUGAGAGAAGCAGCCCUUCCCCAAUGCUCUCAGUUUUCUUUUGAAACAAGUCCACGUGGCAUGCUCCGUGUUUUCCUUCUAGCCAAUGGAAGAGAGUUCCUGCAGAGAUAGAUCUGCAUUUCUGAAGAGAGUAUGCCUCUUAUCAUGCUAAUGAUUGUAUGUCAGUGCCUCUCUCAUUUGCAGCGUUUUCAUUUCAGAAAAAGUAGCUUAAAACCAGCAUGUUAAAAACCUGGACAUACAUCGAGAUAAGCUAGAAUUUGCAUCACAAAGCCCAGUUUGUGUGUGGAGUGGGUCCAAAGAUCUCAAAGGGACUUUGAGGGCCAAGGAGGAAGUGAAAAAAGAGGCUGCACUUUUCCGCUGUGCUGCUGCCCAGUCUGACGCCGGCUUGCGGCUCCACAGCAAGCCCCGCGCACUCAGGACGGCGGGCUGCAGCCUCUAAGCGUCAGCGAGAGCGAGACCGCCAACCUUGACACAUCACAUGACAGCUGACGGGCUCGCGGAGCGAGUUGGCGCAGGCGCGCUCCGGAGGAGACUGUGGAGGGAAUGGGACGCUGGGCGGCCGGAUCAGCUGGGAGCAGGGCAGGAGGCGUGUGCGCUUGUGCCGCUGAAGCGCCUCGGCCAAUGCCCGGUGGGAGGGGGGAGCUGGUCCAACAGGCAGGCUGAGAGGGACAAAGCAGCCGCCGUCGCCGAGAGCUUCGUAUCCGGCUGGAGCAGAAGAAAGGAGGACGCAGAGGCAGCAGCCCGUAGCCGGGGUUAUCUCCGGGUUUGUGCCUGGACCUGCCUGGGCAGAAAUAGCUGGUGUAACGGUGCGGCGCGUCUCCGGCUGAUGCUUCUCUCCGGAGCGUGCUCGACCCAGCAGUCUCUUUUGAACAACUCGGCGGAGUGAGUUGGCCAUGAUUACCCCCCACUUGUGGGAUCAUCUGCGAGCUGGCAGCUCCGAGGUGGACUGGUGCGAGGAUAACUACACCAUCGUGCCCACCAUAGCCGAGUUCUACAAUACGAUAAGCAACAUCUUAUUUUUUGUUUUGCCACCCAUAUGUAUGUGCUUAUUUCGGCAAUAUGCAUCCUGCUUCAACAGUGGAAUAUAUUUAAUAUGGACCCUGCUAGUAGUUGUUGGAAUUGGAUCGGUCUACUUCCAUGCUACACUUAGCUUCCUGGGUCAGAUGCUCGAUGAGCUCGCCAUACUCUGGGUCCUGAUGUGUGCUCUGGCUAUGUGGUUUCCCAGAAGAUACCUACCCAAAAUAUUUAGGAAUGACAGGGGUCGUUUUAAAGCAGCAGUGGGCAUCCUUUCUGGAGUGACGACUUGCCUUGCCUUCAUUAAGCCUGCCAUCAAUAACAUCUCGCUGAUGACACUGAGUGUUCCCUGCACUGUACUGCUAAUUGCUGAGCUUAAAAGGUGUGACAAUUUGCGAGUGGUCAAACUGGGGUUAUUUUCUGGUCUCUGGUGGACUUUGGCACUCUUUUGCUGGAUAAGUGACAGAGUAUUCUGCGAGAUCUGUUCAUCAUUUAACUUUCCGUAUUUGCACUGUGUAUGGCACAUCCUUAUUUGCAUUGCCGCUUACCUGGGCUGCGUCUGUUUUGCCUACUUCGAUGCUGUCUCGGAGAUCCCUGAACAAGGUCCUGUCAUAAAGUUUUGGCCCAGUGAGAAAUGGGCUUUCAUCGGGGUUCCUUAUGUCACCCUCCUCUGUGCUCACAAAAAAUCACCAUUGAAGAAUACAUGAACAUUAACCCACAGCAAAGAGGCAAUAGACUAUAGAUAUGUAUUUCUUCAAACAGUGUGAUUCUGUAAUGGGAGCCAUGAGGCCUGUUUUCUGUUUCUGAUUCGUAAGCAUGUGAUAGAUACAUGUGUAAGAUUUAGAAGGAACCAGAAAAAGAUCUCCUUUGCAUCUCUUCUUGGUGGGACUCUAGUGACCUAAUUUGACGCUGCCUCAGAGAUCCAGAUGAAAUGGGAAAUGUGUGAUUGCUGCUAGAAACAGCAGCUCUAGACCAUCAUCACCUCCUCUCUUUCUUUCUCCCCCAUAACCAAUAAUAAAAGAAGAUGCAUGGUGUCUUCAGAUUAAGAGUUUCUCUGCUACACUUCAUAGCUGUCACUUAAGGAAUGAGGGUAAAGAAGCUUGGAAUGCACCAGUAUCACAUCAUGCCAGUUUUCUAGAUGUCACCAGAAAGGAGAGGAGGCGAUGUAGGACUGCUGUUUUCUGUGGCAGCCAUAAUACCUGAAGAAUACCUGUUGUUGUCUCUUGCAGGUGGAUUUAUACACACACUUUUCAUGCUGAAAUAGAGAUGUGAGUGCAAAAUUCAGGUAUUAUCCAUUUUGAGUUAACUCUGCUCUCAGUGAAGUCAGUCAGGGAGGCCAAGUUCUGUCUGAAAUGACAGAAAGUGAAGUGAAUACAACCCUGUCCCCACUGCCCUCCUCAGGAUUCAAUACGAUUAAUAGAUGAGUAAUGUACAAACAAGAAUUCUUUGAAAGAGAUUAAUGCAGCAUUAAUCCACCAGAUUUUUGAAAAAGCAAUUCACCUUAAUCUGCAUUUAAAAUCCAGAGCUAUUCGAAAACAAAUUAAGCUGGGAAUGUUGAUGUUAACUGUCAAUCAGUGUUUGCUACAUAUUGCUGUAAUGCAAUUUUAGAGGUGCUCACAGAGUGAGCUCUGAAACUCUGGCAUCCGUUUAGCUUUAUUUCCUUUCAAGGACAGUAAGGACUUUGGUUCACAAGCAGCUCCACUGAGGUCAUGAAAGCUGUGUUAACUUUCAAAAUGACAUGGUGCAAUUUGUGUGAGAACUAACAAGAUUUCCGAAUUGUUUCAUACUUUUUAGGCAACAUUUUGUUAGACAAUAUUAUUGUUAAUAUGGGUCUCUGCAAUUCUAGCUGCAUCUUAACUGGAGAGAGAAUACAAGCUCCAAACAUCAUGUUUGGAUUCUAACUCCAAGCACAGGAUAGUUUGUUCUGGUUGAAAUCCUAACCAAAAUCAAGGCUUUAACCAAACACUAUAACAUAUUUAAUUACAACACAUUUUUUAACAUGGUGUAGUAGGGAUUUUUACCUUUAUAAACUCUAUAACAUUACAAUGACAAUGUUGGCUUAGAGCCCACUUCUGAUUUUUGAUAGCCAACAUCGGUGGCAACCUGAUUUUUAUAUUCGUGUUGAUAAAGCAGUGUUUGUUGUGACAGCAGAGUUGCUUACUUUGUCACCAGAAAAAUGUCAUCAUAUGUUCAACAGGGCAGAAUCCCCCAGUUCUACCCUUUGGUCAUGUAAAAUCCAUUGCUAUAAAAAAGAUACAUAAUUACCUGGUCCUGUUGGGUCCAAAUGCAGGGAAGACUUCCAUGCAGGGAGGACUUGGACAUGGCCUUGCCGCUGUUGCUCUUCUUUGGUGUCAUGCAUGUACUUCAUUGUGGCAAUUGUACCACUUUGGGAGCAAUCGGCGGCCAGCCAUGGAUGGGGUACUGUGCUGAGAGUAGGUCUGGGGUCUCUUCCAUGGAUGGCAAACUGCCCAGUCCUGAGCAUUGCUUUGGUAGUCCAAGUGAUUGUAAGGUUAGGCACUGUUACAUAUUUUAAGGUGUUACGUAUUUUAAGUGACACUCGAAUCAUAUGGUUCUAACAUGGUGGACCAGUAAAAGAGUUCUUAGGAUUAUUAUAUCAGUACAGCAUUACAAAACAUGCUGGCAUUUGCUUGGCACUGAAGUGCAAAUGCUUUAAAGUGCCUAAUAUCAAUUGGGAAACGUACUAAUUUACCCAUUAUAAGGAGUAGCUAUGAAUGUCAUAAUUCUCUUUGCAUACUGAGUUUGCACUUUUCUUUCUUUCAUCAUUUUUUGUUGACUUCUAGUUUUGAAUGUUACUUGCAUUUACUCAAUUACUGAUUUCAGGGAAGUGUCCCUCUUAACUUGUUUUAACAUUUAGGGUUGAUUUGGCCACCCUGCAUAACUUCACUUGAAGCCUUGGCUCCGCAUGACAUCCCUGACAAGCCUCAGGAGUGUGCAUGCCUCCCUCUGUGCCUAUGUGGGUGUCUCCUUUGGAUUUAUGUUAAAAUAAACCAAGAUUGGUCAUGAUGCCUGAACUGAUCAAUCUCAGUUUACUCUAGCCUCCUUACUUGAAAUAAGCCGCAAUAUAAAACCAAGGUCUGAAAUGAGUUCCAAAUUGCAGGGUCCCCCACCCCCCACAAUAAAUACUUUAGAAUAAACCAAGUUUGCUUGGUUCAGACAUCAUGAUGGAUCCUAGUUUAUUUUAACUUAACUCCAAAGCAGACUCUCGUGUAGGCAUGGGAGGAGGGAGAGAGCACCCUUGAGGCUUUGGAAUGUUGCAAAGAGCCAGACUUUAACUGAAGUUCUGCCUUAUGUCUGCUCCAGGCCUUAAACUCUCAGAGCUGAGCUGCAUGUUCAGAAAAAGCACAUGGUUUAGACUUCCUGGUACAGCACCAUUUCUGAAUGCAGGUGGAGAAAUUGCAUGUUUGGAAUAUUCCACCAUCUAGUUUUUAUGACAAAAACUAGCAAAUUUGGGAGAAGGGUAGCCAGAACUCUUCCUCCUGAGAACUAGCCUCCACAGUGUUUUCUUUUUGGCUUAUGAAGUAGUAUGUUGUGCAUUCUGAAAUAGUAAAUCCAAGGAGGAUUGGAAUAUGUGCCUUUUUCUGUCAUGUAGAUGGGAUUUGGCUGGUUAUGCAAACUACUACUACUUGUAACCUGUUAACUGUUGCACCAGUAUAGUUAUGUAUCCCUUCCCCACUAUUUCAUUUCUUUGUGAGUAACUAGGGCUAUCUUUUAGAGGCAAGCUUGAUAAAGUCCUGCUGAAAGGAGCCAUACUUUCACUUGCCCUAGUGAAAGUACAACUCCUCUGAACAUUCCAACUGUCUGAUCCCUGCACAUUUUUAGGUCUUGCUGCUCUGUUAGAUAUUUUCCCCCCUUCUUGUACAGAUCCUGCAGCUGUUGAAGCUGUUCCCUGGGAAUCCAGCUCCUGCCUUGAAAGACACUUUCCUAGCUGCUUGACCUUGAGGGAUUUGAAAGCUGCGACUUCUUUUCUUGUUAUAGUGCUGUGGUAGGAAGGCCACACCUGAUGAAAUUCUCUAAUGAUUCACAUAACUGAAAGACACAGGAUUACCUAGAUUAGCAAUUGGCAACUAAAGUUCAAAUCUGGCAUCCAAGAGGGUACCAGCUGUCCCCUUGGUUUUCAACCCAGAAGCAAGAAGAGUGUUUGGAAGAAAUGGUGGAUAUAGUAGUGAGGGGUGGCCGAGGUGGUGAUGGGGAGCUGGCAUUUCUACCUUUUAUCUCUGAGUAGACCUCCAGUAAAUUUGUUUGCUGAUUCCAGAGUCCUCUAUCCCAGGCUUCCCCAACCUGCGGGCCUCCAGAUGUUGCUGAACUACAACUCCCAGCAUCCCUAGACACAACUUAUUGUGGCUGGGUAUGCUGGGAGUUGUAGUUCAGCAAUAUCUGGAGGCCCGCAGGUUGGGGAAGCCUGCUCUAUCCAAUGAUAUUCUAAAAUGCGUGUGCAUGUUCUGAACCUGGUCCAACCUUGAAAAACUCUAGAAUGGCUUUUGAGAUGGAGACAGAACAGAGCCCCGACAGCAAUAGCUCUUAUAGAUACUAUUUGGAGCAUCCCUGUGUAUUUGGGGCAGAACUGAGUUCUGAGUGAAUUAAGAGUGUGGUGUACAUUUCUUCUUGUUUUUGCCAGUAUAUCAGGCCUGCUAGACAGUGGACACACUGUUUAGUUUUCAGUCUUGUCAACUGUUGGAUAAUAGAAAGACACUGAGGUUAAAGCAGGAUUCUCUUAGUAAUCCAGAGUAGACAAAGGAUUUCUGCCCACAAAACAAAACACCACUCUUAGUGGUUUGACUGCCUCUUGCUAUCAGUUACAGCAAAGCUAAAAUGUUGUGCAAUAUAAUCAAUUGAUUUGCAUAAUACCAGAUUACAUUUUCCAUCAGGCUACUGAAUUCAGACAGAUCAGUUGCUUCUUUUUGCUCACCAGAAGACUCAAAAAGAAAAUGUAACAGAAACAUAAAUAAUUUUUUAAAGUGAUCCAGCAGUUCCUAGGCUUAGGAAAUUAGGGUUUUAAAAACAUAUAUUGAUAACUAUGUGUUCUUCAAGAUUUUGAGCAUUUUAUUAAUGUUUAAAAGUUUGUGGUGUUCUUAUCCAAGAAUAUUGAAGAGUUUUGUUUGGGGUCCUUAGUACAUCCCACCUGAAGUGAGAGCCACGUGUACACAAAUGUACAAUAUAGCAUGUCAUAUUGGAAUCAUAAAAAAGACUGAGCCUGCUUGAGGAAAAGCUGUAGGCCUGAGUAAGGGAAUAUAAAAGAAAGGUAUCUUUGCAGGAAAGUCCUGAUACUUAGAGGCCGUUUGGCUAUAAGAACCAUCCCAUCAACCACUGUAAACUAAAUGUAUGCCACAUUAACCUAACUUUUUGGUGACAUUUUGGGGGAGGGGGGCUUAAUGAUAAUUUCGCAUUCACUUUUUGUUUUAAGAAUUUUGUAUUCAGUUCUCUUAGCUGUUACUUGUAUUGCAAUCUUUGUUACCAUUUUUCAUAGGCCUUCUCUGCCUUUCCUUAUUGUUUUUAGGAAAUGUGUGGUAAUUCUCAGGUACAGUGUUAAUAAUGCUGAAUGUGAUUCUUUGCCAGAAGUUAGCUGUAAUUUUUUCUGGAUAAUAUACCAAACAGUUAUGAAUACUGUGAAUUGUGUCUAGUCCUAAAUGAAUACAGUAUCUAGCAGAAUGACAAGAAUGAAAUCAAAUUAAUAUUUUAAAAUAGAGGAAGCUAUCAGUGCCUUAAGCACUUUUAUGAGCAAGUGAUUCAGUAAGCUGUUAAAUCUUAUUAGUGUGCUGCAAUAAAAAUGUUUUCUUUCACCCUUCUUUCUGAAAAAUGAGUUUCCUAGAGACUGUGAUCUAGAGAACCAUACAUACCUGGGAGAUCCAUUGCCAGUUAUAGAACAGCAAAACCCAGUGACCUUUCCCUUUCUGUAGACUGAAGUAGGGAAUGCACUGGCUCAGUAGAAAUAUUGUAGUUUCCAGUAUAAAAAUAUGGUAUUUCAGGAAUGAAUAGAGGUGUCUGAGUAUAUUAUUUUACUCUUAACAGUUUGGAAAUGGGAUCGGGUGGCAAAACAUCCUGGUUAUUCAAUGAAUUAUCAAUGAAUUAUUUAUUGAUUAUUCAACGAAUAAUCAGGAAGUUUUGCAUUAAAAAUUUCCAACCCAGAAACAAUUCUGUGGUUGAAGUAAGUUAUCAGAAACUUCAUAGGUUUAAUUUUUCCUGCUGCACUUUUUUGCUUUUGCUGAAUUUGGAAUUUUGCCUCUAGGGCUUUUUGUUCACUGGGGAAGGCAGUUAGGAAUUGUGAAAAGGAGGAAGAAAAAGUGCAUAAGGAGUUAAGAAACCUUGACUGAGAGUUUUCACAUUUAAAAAAGUCAACUUCCAGAUUGUUGGAAAGCCUCUCUUUAGCACUGCAAAAUUUCUCAGUCUUAUGAGCAAAGCCUUUUCUCAGCUUCUUUGAUGAGUAGAACCUUAUUGGCUUUUAAAAAACACGAAGAAGUUUAAUACUAUGAUUAUCAAAACAACAUCUCCUUUAUUUUAAUAGGGUUUACUCCCUAAUAAGUGUAUUUAGCCUAAACAUCCUGUAAGGGUACUGGAUUCCAGUUCGGGAUAGAGCAGGAUAGUUCCACAUAGAUGCUUUGAAACUGCCUACAGUGAUAUCUUAUGACACUUGCAUUUUCUAUGUUGACAUGUGCAAUGCCAUGUAAUACAUUGUUCUCAGUAUACAGAACAUUCCACAGAUGCUGUUUCUAACUUGCUGCACAAUGAUGUAUUUUGUUGAUGUGUAAAUGUCCUGGAUUUUUCUUAAAUGAAAUUACUGCAGUUUACAUU